AUGAGAUAUUUCUCGACUCGGGGAGGGGGCGACACGCUUUCCUUCGAAGAGGCUGUAUUAACAGGAUUGGCGCCGAAUGGUGGCCUGUACAUCCCAGAACGCAUCCCACAACUUCCCGCCAACUGGAGAUCAGAAUGGAAAUCCUACACUUUCCAGGAGCUAUCAGUGGCGGUUCUCUCUCUGUUCAUUUCCUCAGAGGAAAUAUCGCAAGCCGAGCUGAAAUCGCUUGUCGAGAAAUCAUACAGCACGUUCCGACAUCCCGACGUGACACCGCUGAAGCAACUCGGCAGCGCUACUUACAUACUAGAGCUAUUCCACGGGCCGACAUAUGCGUUCAAAGAUGUGGCUCUUCAGCUGUUGGGCAAUCUCUUUGAGUUUUUCCUACUUCGACGGAACGCGCAAAAGGGGCAAGGGGCUAAACCAGAGCAAUUGACGGUUGUCGGUGCGACGAGCGGUGACACUGGAAGCGCUGCGAUAUACGGACUGCGGAACAAAGCCAACAUAUCUAUCUUUAUUUUACACCCGAAGGGCCGAGUAUCUCCUAUACAGGAGGCACAGAUGACCACUGUCACCGAUGCCAACGUACAUAACAUUGCCGUCAAGGGUACCUUUGAUGACUGCCAGGACAUAGUUAAGGCACUGUUCGCCGAUAAGGUGUUCAACGAUGCAUAUCGCCUAGGAGCAGUGAACUCAAUCAACUGGGCUCGCAUUCUGGCUCAGACAGUAUACUAUUUCCUCGCCUACUUCCACAUCCAUUCCCAACUCACAGAAACCACCGAUUUCGAAAUUCAAUACGUCGUGCCGACUGGGAAUUUUGGAGACAUCCUCGCUGGUUACUAUGCCAAGCAAAUGGGCUUACCUAUGGGUAAACUCGUCGUUGCAACAAACGCUAACGACAUUCUUGCAAGAUUCUGGAAGAGCGGAAGAUACGAGAAGAUUGACUCGACGGCGAUAGUCGAUGCUUCUGACCCCACGACCCCUGCGAACGGUGCCUCCGAUGGGAAGCAAACUUCUGGCGGCGUGAAAGAGACUUACAGUCCCGCAAUGGACAUCCUUGUUUCAAGUAAUUUCGAACGCUUGCUUUGGUACCUUGCGAACGAAUCGGCCGAAGGCUCCAAUGAAAAAGAUAGAAGACAGCACGCAUGUGCUAUGGUUGAUGACUGGAUGAGAAAGGUCAAGCAAGAUGGCCGUAUGGAGGUCCCACCCGCUGUUCUGGCCGCCGCACGGAGAGACUUUGUUGCCGAGAAAGUGACCGAUGAUUUGACGCUCAAAACUAUCAAAUCAUAUUUUGAAGGGACCCCAUCUUAUAUCGCGGAUCCGCAUACCGCCAUCGGUUUGGCCGCUGCGCAGAUCGUCGCCCCAGAAAACUCCGCGAAUACUCGGCAAAUCAUUCUCUCUACGGCCCAUCCAGCGAAAUUCUCCGAGGCGGUAUCCCGGGCCCUGGAACAGUCAGCGCAAUUCAAUUUCGAGCGUGACGUUCUCCCUGAGGAGUUUCGUGCGCUAUCAUCAAAAGAAAAGAGGAUCAUCGACGUAGAACGACCUGAAGUGGAGUUGGUAAAGCGCGUCAUCAUGCAGCAUAUGGACAUAAAGAAUACAACUCCACUUCAAGAAAAAGGAAGCAGCAUCUAG